CUGUGGAACAGAGGAAUGGAAAAAUUUCAAAUCGAUUUUGACUUUAGGAGACUCAAGAUGUUACCCAAAAGAUGGAUUCCCCAUCCGCUAAAACUGCUGCUCCUCCUGGUUAGUGUUGGUGUCAUCCAGGAUUCCAAGGCAGCUAGUUUCUGCACCAAGGCGGAUCAGUGUGCCCUGGACGAGGAGUUAAGGACAGUAGCAGCUCCAGCUGCUGUUCAAGCCCGCUACGACCACACCCGCAUCUACCAGGUGGAAUUGGCCAGUGAAGAGCAUGUGCGGAUCUUUCAGGCCCUGGAAUUGGCCAGUGAUUCGUGCUCCUUUAUGGGUCAUGCCCGACAACCAGGACAAAAACUCACCAUUAUGGUAACGGCGGCCAAGGUGGCUGACUUCGAUGACCUGGUGCACAGCUAUAAUGUUACUCAUAGGGUGCUGAGCCACAAUUUCCAGGCCCUGAUCGAUGCCAACUAUCGCGAGGUGGCUCCCGAGGGUACAACACCAGACCAAUUCGACUGGAAACGUUAUCAUUCGCUAGAGGGCAUCAAUGCCUGGCUGGAGAAUCUGGCCAAGAAGCAUCCCGAGGUGGUUACCCUGGUUCAGUUGGGUCUCAGCACCCAGGGAAGGCCCAUUCAAGGUGUGAAGAUCGCUUUUGGCGGGGAGAAUCGCACCACAGUCUUUAUAGAGAGCGGUAUUCAUGCCCGCGAAUGGAUAGCUCCGGCCACGGCUACCUAUAUCAUUGAUAGACUGCUGAACUCCGAGGAUCCUGCCGUCCAGGAACUAGCUCGCUCCCAAAACUGGUACAUCUUUCCCACCGUAAAUCCCGAUGGAUAUCGGUAUACCUUCCAAGGGGAUCGCAUGUGGCGCAAGAAUCGAGCUCUCUUCGGAAUCUGCCGUGGGGUGGAUCUCAACCGGAACUUCCCCUUCCACUGGAACGUCACGGGAGCCAGUGGAGAUCCCUGUCGCUAUGAUUACUCUGGACCAUCGGCAGGAAGUGAGGUGGAAACCCAAAGGAUGACUGAGUUCAUCAAGGACCGCGUCGAAUCGGAGCGCAUACGUACCUUUUUAGCCCUGCACAGCUACUCCCAGAUGAUCAUGUUUCCCUAUGGACACAGUGCCGAGCGGGUGGAUAACUAUCAGGAUCUGAAGGAGAUUGGCGCACUGGCUGCUAAAAAGAUCUAUGAUCUGAGCGGUAGGAUCUACAAGAGUGGCAGUAUCUACGAGACCAUCUAUCCAUCGGCUGGUGGGUCAAAGGAUUGGGCACAUGGUGAGCUUAAGAUUCCAAUUACCUUCUCGUAUGAGCUGCGUGGACCGGCGGAUAGCGAGGAUCUGUUCAUUUUGUCCGCCAAGGAGAUCGAACCCACGGCAAUCGAAGCCUUCGCCUCCAUUAAAACGAUCGUGGAGGAGGCCGGCAAACGUGGCUAUUACCAGUGAUCACUGGGCUCCCGCUCCCCAACUCGAAAUCCAAAUCCAAAUCCAUGAUGGGGACGACGACGAUGAUGAUGAUAAAUGUCGUCUGGCCUGGCAGUUCACAUGAAAAACACAUUACGCGCCAUCGUUUCUUAAUGCUAAAUAAUGAUGGCAAAAUCAUGACACAAAACCUCAUAAUAAUGUUGGUAAAUCAAAGCAAAUAUAGUCAGACUCGAACAACCUUACAAAAAUA